AUGGCCUCAAUAACACCCACAGUGCAAGAAUUUUGGAGCAACCUAUGUAUGAAUGCUUUCAACAACCAUACACUUGCCAACGAUUUCAUUCUGUUCUUUGAUGGCUGCAAGACAGUUAUGCCUGAUGGCUGUUUCUCUUGGAAGACAUCCAAUCCAGAUUAUCAGUACAACCUUCAGCAACUGAACUGCAUUCAGCUCGACAAGGACACAUUCAGCUUACCCAUGGAGACAGUCAACAUCUUUAUAAAUGAGAAAAGAAAGACACGCUCAGAGUGGCAUGUGAAACGUCAAAUGGAGCUGAAGAAGCAUCUACAACAGACAUUAAAAAAUGUGAGCACUUCCCCUCUUGACUUGAAUGACGAUCAAAAGAAGGCUCUGGUGAAAGAGUUUGUGAGUAUCCAUGAAACUGACUUGGGAUCUGUGCCAUUCUUGAGCCGAUUAGCAGGCUUUCUUCGGUAUCAAAUACAGCACAGGCACAAUGUAGUGGAAUGGCGAAUGAGUGAAUACAUUCUGACCCAAAACGAUGAAGAGGCUAUGGAGUCUUACAUCAGAUUACUUCGAGGUGUUCUAGGCAUGCAAUUAGUAUACCAGGACGACGACAAUAAACACAGCCAUGACACUGUCGCCAUUGACAUGCAUAGCAACAACACCAACAAGACAGCAACAGACCCCGAGUUGAUUUGGCGAAUGAGUCCUGACAUUGAUGUUCAUUUGUUGCAAGACAUUUUGAAAUACAUGCCCAAACAAGCUCAGACAUUUGCAGACUACACUGUAACAGAUAUACCCAGAGCUGAAUCCUAUGAACAUAGAAAUAUACUUCAAUGGAUAUUGGAUAUCCUGGGCCAUUGUCUAUCCUUUUUACACAAAUAA